CUUUGGAGGAAGUACAUGUAACAGAUUACAACUUCCCCGUAAGGCAUCAGUGUAUAUUCAUAGCAGUGGCGACGCAGUGAGAUUAUUAUGCCAAGAACAGCUGUAGAAAACAAACAUCUGAUUUGGAAAAGUUUAAUUAUUUCUUGUUGCACUUGUUUUUAAGUCAGAAAAUUAUGGAGACUGCAGUUCCGUCCGCUGACUUUAUGCCUUUUAACUCGACGACAAUUACGGAUGACAUUCGGAAAACUGCUGAAGAAGAAUUAAACGAAAAAGAAAGUGACAUUCAAUCAUCACUGAAAACUUUGAAGGAAUAUUUAGAAAAUGACGCUGAUCUCACACCAUGCACAGAUGAUGGCUUCCUACUGAAGUUUUUAAGAGCCAGAAAAUUCAGCGUAAAAGCGGCCUGGACUCUCGUGCAAAAAUAUUACUCUAUUCGCAUAACAUACCCUCAUAUGUUUAGAAAUUUCAAUCCUACGGCUUGUGCGGCUAUAAUGCAGUCUGGAAUUCAUUAUUUUUUGCCUUAUCGAAUGAAGAAUGGCUGUGCUAUUUUGAUGUCAAGAUUUGGUAAAUGGGAUCCUAAAGUUUCCCUUUGCGAAGAUAUCCUCAAAUUCAAUCUCCUGUGCAAUGAAAUGGCCAUGUUGAAUCCUGUAACUCAAAUUACUGGAUUAGUUACCAUUGCAGACAUGAAAGAUUUCUCUUGGUCCCACUUAUUUAAUAUCCCAAUUUCAGAUGUUAAGUGCUUUAUUAAUGCUUUAGAGAAUUGUUUACCAGUUCGAAACAAAGCCAUCCACGUGGUUAAUAAUUCCAGUGUUUUUUCUGUGCUGUUUGCUCUUGUCAAACCUCUUUUGAAUGAAAAAGUACAAAAUAGGAUAUAUUUUCAUGGUGACAAUCUUGACAGCCUGCAUCAGCAAAUACCCCCUGAAAUUUUACCGGAGGACUUAGGAGGAGAAUUAAGUUCUUUACCGAAUGAAGAUUUCUACAGUUCUUUAUUAGACAUGGACGAAUUCUUCAUCAGACAGCAGAAUUUUGGUUACCUGAAUAGUAACCCUUAAAACUUUUGAUUUUCAUACAGUUCAUUAUCUGUGAUAUGUUAAAAGAAUUACUUGGAUUGCGAGUCACAUGAGAAGUUCUCUUUUUGAGGUUUCUUUACUUUUCCAGCUUCGGGCACAAAAUAAUUUACCUUUUAUGCGAUAAAACUUGCUAGAAAUCAUGAAAAAUAACUUCUACUGGUCAUAUUGUUGUUUUGAAGUUAUAUCAUCUUUCGAAAUUUAGUUUCAAAAACUUCAUAUAAACUCAGGAGAAAUAUUAUAACAUAGUUUAUCAGAGUGAUAGUCAAUUUUUAGAUAUGUACGUUUUUUAAUGGGUAUAAGGAGCAGGAUGACAAAAAUAAAAUUUAAAAAAAUAAUUAUAACAGAACUGUGCCAAAACCUCGGAAUUAAGUCAAUGUAAAUUAGUAAAAUCCAAUGACUGGGGAAGUUGAAUAGAAAAAGAAAAAUAUGUAGCGAUUGAGGGCAGAAUUCAAGUAGUUUACACGAACCACAUAAGAAUUAUGCAAAAGUUCAAUGACAGGGAAGGGUAAAUCCAAAAGAUUGGCUGUAGUUAUGGUAUUUUAAAAUACCACCACUAAUUUGGAAAGGGGAUCAAAGCAUAACUAACAUUUAAGCUUGAAUGGGAGUUCCGAUGCGUUCUUUAGCUAACUUCUCGAAAAAAACAUUCUCCAAACCGCAAUUUUAAGUUCUAUAUGGACGAUUUUUGAGGGCCCUAGAAUCCUUUUCCCGUAUCUGCGUUUUGGGGAAUUUUAAUGAGUUACAGAAGUUCUAACGAAUGAAUGCAAAAUUCAAAAGAAAAAUUUGAAGAAAAACUCCUAAAUACUUUUAAACAUCCUUAUAGCUAAAUUAAAAAACAAAUCAUUGUCAAAGGGAACUGUUUUUAAAAGUAUGGGAAAAGGUUGUACAUUUUAGUGUGUGGGAAAAGUAACAGAAUAAAAACGGGAGAGAGGACUUCCUGCCAGAAAUCAAAUGAAGCUUGUAACUUUUUGAGGAAGAUAACGUCUCUGCCCUAGGUUGACAUUUUUAUAAAGUGAGGGCCUGAUAGUUAGAUAAUGGGUGAACUUGAAUGUUUAAAGGCUAGAAAAAAUCAAGUAUACAUGUAAAAUGAAACUCUUGAAACCGUAUUAUAACUCUUAAAUUAUAUCCAUUACACACAAUUUCAAUUUUCUUAACUGGUAUUCAGCUUGUAAAAAAAAACAAGUUUUAAAAAAAUUGCCUAGUUAUAAGGGGAUUGAACAACUUUUGGCUAUUCCAGUAUUCAUUUUCUUUUUCUAUUUAAGAAUGUUCACUCGUCUCAUAUGCAUGUUAUUGAUUUUCGUAAUAAAAAACAAUAAAUAUCAUAGAAACAAUAAAAAUUAAUGGAAUAGAAAAUGUUUCCUUUGAAUUUAAAGAGAAAGAAAAGUUUCUUCUUGCAUAAAGUUGUUACUCUUUAUUAAAUUUCUGAAUACUUUGUUGCCACUUUUUCACACUUGCAAGAUUUACAACUUCAUAAAUAGUUUAUUAUUAUUGUUAUUAUUGUUUUGAGAUUUAGCAAAAUCCUUCAUAAUGCAAAUGAAGCGAAAUAUAUUGAGCACAGAAAAUUAUUUCACGAUUCUUAAUGAAUUUGUCUUGAAGUUUUAUCGUUAUUGUGACAAAACAAAUUCAACUCAGCAAAGGCUGUUGAAGGAACACAAAUAUUUUUAACAAAUUAAGAAGAAAUGAAAAAGAGAUGCAAUUAAAGUUUAUAAAGGGUUUUUUUUUCAAUGAUCAGAAGAUUUGAAAACUUCUUUCAGUAGUGUUUUUGGCGUCAAGUCACACUUUAAGAAAAAAAAAGUUUUUUUUUUUUUUUUUCCGUUUUUACCCAUUUGAUAAGAAAAAAAACUACCUGUAGCUAACACACGUCUAUCGCUUCGUUUAAAACUUAGUAAUUUUGAGAAACAACACUUUUCAAGAAUUUCAUAUUGUUAAAAAACACAUUAAAAUGCAUAAACUAAAAGAAAAAAAAAUAGUUACAUCAGUUUUCAAGACAAAGUGAAAAAAAUCUUUCGUUUAGAAAAGUUUUUAAAAAAACACGGUGGCAAAUGUUGUUUGAAAAAAUAUUUUUUUAUUUUACGUGUAAGUUCUUGCUGCUGUUUUCUUCAUAUUUUAAUGCUCUUAAUUUUCCUUUUCAGUUAAAUUUUUCGCCAACUCCUUUCGCCUCUUUAAAAAAAAUUAUGAGCAGUAGCAAGUUUGCAUAACGUAUCGAAAAAUAAUUUCAAAAUUGCAUUUUAAAAUUAUCAUUAGACUUUUUUUUUUAACCGAUGAAUGAAAUAUUCCGCAAAUAAUAUUCAAUUAGAGUCUCGAAAAGUAAUAUUUUUCUCGGAAAUUGCUGUGCAUUGCCCAUUAUGUGUUAUUUAUUCUCUUAUUAGUACUUGUUCUAUUAUUUUGUUGUGGUACUUACUGUUUUAUUUUGAUACUGCUUAAUACAUUAGGCUCAAAUUCAAACAUCAUUUUUAUGUAUUUUUGAUGUUGAUCAAUUUCACAAAGUUAAUGAAAUAAAUUUAUUUGUAGAAUAAAAUUGUAUUAUUUUACUCUGAAAAUAAAAUCUGUUUCAUAU